AUGGCGUACAAAAGAUCUCGACAGGCUUACGAGGCAGAUCUGCAACACAGGCCCGUAUCUUCCUUUGUGCUUUACGGGACUGCCCUGCCAUUACUAGAUGAACACACUCGGGAUGAUGGCAGUUUCGUGCCGGUCUGGAAGCAGGAGGUGACGGACGACAGAGGAAGAAAACGCUUGCACGGCGCCUUUACAGGUGGCUUCAGCGCCGGAUAUUUUAACACUGUAGGCUCUAAAGAAGGCUGGACACCCUCUACCUUCGUCUCAUCAAGACAAAACCGCAUGAAGGAUGGAGCCAAGCCGGCUCAACAGAAACCAGAGGACUUUAUGGACGAAGAAGACAUGCGCGAAGCUGAAGAAUCACGUACAAUCCAGACUUCUGAUGAGUUCGCCGGAUUUGGCACCGAACAUGACCCGCGUCGAAGGAGUGCAGUAAUCGAUAUAUUUCGUCCUUCCCAAGAGACUAUCGGCCCUACUUUGCUGAAAAGGAUGGGCUGGCGUGAAGGCCAGGGUAUCGGGUUGCGAGUGAGAAGAAAAGCAAAACUUGGAGAUGAUGAUGAGGACGUAUCUUCAGAGACACAUCUUUUUGCUCCCGACGACGUUCAGAUUGUAUCCUUCUCACGAAAGACGGAUCAUAAAGGGUUAGGUUACGAGGGUGAGCUACCAGCCACAUCGACGUUGGGGAGCAAAACCAGCGAGUCAACUCAGAAACACUCAAAACGAGAGGAAUCUUCUGACGAUGAGACGUCCAGUCCGUCUCUACUAUUCUCCAAAAGGCCUUCAGCCCGAACCAAACGGACGGGCAUUGGUGUUGGCAUUCUGAAUGACGACGGCUCAGAUGACGAAGAUCCCUUUUCAAUGGGCCCGAAGAUAUCCUAUAAUCGGGUCCUUGGUGGCGACAAGAGGCCAAAAUCGAAAGCGAAGAAUGCGGCAAGCUCGGCAAAUCCGUUGGUCAAGACGAAACCAACAUUCAUCUCGAAAAAACUGGCAAGCCUCAAAGGUGCCUUGCGUAAAUGUCAUGAUGGCCGACUUCCUCCCGACGGGUUCGUGUUGGCUAGUCAGUUGGACUCCUUUGGUAGUCUCACCAUUCAGGAUGACAAGUACAAGCCUCCUGAGGUCCCGGCUGCAUGGACAUCUUCCCGACCCAUUGCGCCAGGAGGAGGCCAAGGUAAUUCUGAUUUUGUGUCUACGGCCGACGCUGCAAGACGCUCGAAUCUGACCGCCAAAGGAAGGGCCUCGAUUCUGGGGGAGGCACAACUUCCAGGGAAAUCAGUCUUUGACUUCCUCACCUCUUCUGCUCGGGACCGUCUGGCGGCAGCAUCUGGUCACCUGAACCUUCCUGCUGCUGGCAAUGAACCGCCACCUCCGGGUUUUCAAGCUUCCCAACCGGUGACCUCUUCUCUGCGCAGCCUGGUUCCAGAUCUGGAAAAGGCUACUGCCUUGCAGGCACUAUCUCGAGGCACGAGUGGCUGGAUGCCAUACGCAGAGGAUGAAAAGAAACGAUCUAGGUAUCGAACUUUCCUUGAAAUCCAGGCCGGCCUUAGACAGGAUGAACUUCCACCUCGUGCCGAAGGUAUGAAACAGGACGAUUGGGUCAUUGAAAUGCAGGAGUUUGCUCGAGCAGCAGAAGUUUUCAAGCCAGUCAGUGGCUUGAUGGCUAGCCGGUUCACAUCUUCAACCGCCUCGCUACAAGGACAAAACCCAGACUCGUCGGCGCCUACGGACGCAAUGUUGAGCACGCCUGCACCCAAACCGGAAGACCAGGCAGUAUCAGCCGCGAAAAUGGGUAUGUUUGGGCCUAUGACCAGGUCAUUUUCCAACUUCUACCCUACCAGACUUUUGUGCAAGAGAUUCAAUGUUCCUUAUCCGGAUCAUUCGGCGACAUCUGCCGCACAGCGCGAACCCCCCACGACACAGGUUCGUUCCUUUACUUCAACUAUGCCGCAGCAAAAUGCAGACCCUGCCAAAUCGGUAGCUGUCGAUAGCGUUGCUACGGCAAGGUCAAGAUCUGCCGGUAAUAUGGAGGGAGCAGACUCAAUGAAUCCAGAGAUGAAUGAAGCCAUUGAGCAGGAGAGACCUGGACAAGCUGUCUUCAAAGCCAUCUUCGGCAGUGAUGACGAAGACGACGAUGAGGUCUGA